GAGGGCAGCAUUGAUAAUUGGCGACGUCUUCUUGGACCAACAGCAGUAUGGCAAGGAGUGAAGCUCCAAGCAGUAUUAGGGCAAAUUUUGGAACUGAUAAGACUCGAAAUGCCUGCCGCGAAUCAGAUUCUCCGGGGUCUGCAGAAAGAGAGACUGAUUUCUUCUUCCGUUCAGCAAGAAAGAACACGGCUAAGCUGAACCAUUGUACUUGCUGCAUUAUAAAACAGCAGUGAAAAGUGGUCAGUCAAGCCGGAGAGAUUAUGUCCGCUAUCUGUCAGGCAGGUUUUAACAUCUCCGCACUGGAAAUGUUCCACAUGGAGCAAGCUAAUGCUGAAGAGUUUCUUGAGGCUUACAAAGGAGUUGUUAAUGAAUACGUGGAUAUGGUGACCGAGUUGUGCGCAGGCUCUUCUAUUGUGCUUGAAAUCUCGGGCUCUGAUAAUAUUACUACCACUUUCCGGGAAUUUGUAGGCCCAGCAGAUCCAGAAAUAGCCCGACAUCUGCGACCAAAGACCCUACGAGCAAGGUUCGGCAAGAACAAGGUGCAAAAUGCUGUCCACUGUACAGACUUACCGGAAGACGGUAUCCUCGAGACAGAGUAUUUUUUCAAGAUUUUGAGUUCAUAGAUUUGAUAGGCAAAUUGAAUAUGCAGGCAAUUUAUGUCAGCCGUGUAAAUAAAUAUUAGUUUUGUUGAAACAUUUGUAUAAAAAACAUACUGAAAAUAUUGUACAAAUUGUUCUGGUUGUACUGUACUGAAGUUAUUCACUAUAAAGCAAAACACAUUUAUUAAACUAUGCUCAGAAUAUGUUAUACAGUAUCUAUAUAAAAGAAAUAAUUUUGGUUUUAUAUAAAAGAAAUUAUAAAUCAAAUAUAAAAGUUCUUUGAUUUGGACUUUCAUCACCACUGUGCAAUGUCAGUGCAGAUCAGUAUAUGUCAGUGUACAGAAGCUUGGAUGCAUUCUCUUAUAAAUUUUUCAGGACGAAUAUGUAAUAAAAGAGACCCAAAGUUGUCCUAACAGACUUGUAAAUUUAUCCUCAAAAAGAAGCCCAUGGUCUUCUUUUCAAGGUAGCAUUGGCCUCUUUUUUGAGAUAUUCACAUACACUGUACAUCAGUUUCAGAAAACAAAAUAAAUUAAAUACAAACUUGUUUUAUACAGUUGUUUAGGUGGUUUAAUGCCAGUUAAGUUCAUUCCAUAAUACAGAUUGCUGUUACAGUGGCCUUAUUUACUGUUAUAUAGUACAAAUUCACAACAUUUCAGCAUUCAUUUUGAAAAGAAGUCCACCCAAGCUCGCAAAGAAAAGAAGUAGACCAGACUUCAAUUCGAGGUUUUACGGUGUAUUAAUAAAUGGCGCCCUCUAUUAAA